GACACACCCAAGCACGCACGCACGCGGAGCAGCGGCUGGACGCUCCGCACCAUCGGUACCUGCGUCUGCAAGCCACACCUUCUUCUCGCCUACUCGUCUGAUAUACCCCGCACGAACACCACGGUCCGUCCGAGCCGCGUCGAGCACGUGACUUCGCUCGUGCUGCCGGCAUGCCCGCUACGGACGGUAAACAACUUCUCAUAACAAGCGAAUAACAGUACUGUGAGUUCCAAGUGAGCAGCUAGUACUGCACUAUUCUGAGCGCGAUCUUCCCAGGAACAUCCAUACACCAUGUCCUAUGACAAGAUUCCCAGUGGGGCAACCCUCAAGCCAGAAAGGUUUGAGCUGAAGGUCCCGCAGCAGGACGUCGAUCAUUUUUAUCAGUUGCUCAAGCUCUCUGUGUUGGCGCCGAAGACGUACGAGAAUACGAGAACGGAUCCGAAUCAAUUUGGCGUCAACCAUGAUUUUAUGUCAAAGGCGAAAAAGCAUUGGGAGAGCAGCUAUGACUGGAGAAAACGAGAAAUCAACAUCAACUCUGUUCCCCAAUAUAAGGUCAAGAUCACCGAUGACGACGGCUACGAGUUCGACAUUCAUUUCGCAGCCUUAUUCUCCGAUAAGCAAGAUGCUCUCCCCAUAGUCUUCCUUCACGGGUGGCCCGGAAGCUUUCUGGAAUUCCUGGGUAUCUUAAAAGUCAUCAAGAAGCAAUACUCGGCGCAGGAUCUUCCCUAUCACAUAGUUGUACCAUCGCUGCCCGGCUAUACUCUCUCCUCGGGCCCGCCUCUUGACAGAGACUUCACCACCGAAGACAUCGCCCGGAUAACCGACAAGUUGAUGAACGGUCUUGGACUCUCAGGCUAUAUCGGCCAAGGCGGUGAUGUUGGUAGUUACACUUGUCGACCACUAGCACUGUACCCAAGCUGCAAAGCAGUCCAUUUGAAUUUCAACAUGAUGGAGAGGCCAGAAGCAGCAGCCAACAGUAAUGUCAGCGCUUCAGAAAAGAAAGGCUUAGAGCGCGCCGAGGACUUCUCCCAGCGAGCAAGCGCAUACGCACUCGAACACGGUACAAGACCUGCAACGAUUGGAUUCGUACUGCAGUCCAGCCCACUUGCGCUUCUUGCCUGGAUCGCUGAGAAAUUUAUAACAUGGACCGACACCACUCCUGACCUCGACGACAUCCUGGACUCUAUAACUUUGUACUGGUUUACACAAUCAUUUCCCCGUUGCAUCUACAUCUACCGCCAAUACCACGGUGCGAGAACGACCAGCGGAAACACGCCCCAUGGUGAUCCAAGAUACCACUUCAAGAAGCCGUUUGGAUACUCAUACUUCCCGUUGGAGAUCGCACCGAUGCCGCUCUCGUGGGUGAAGACGAGUGGAAACCUGAUUUGGUCGAAGGAGCAUGAUUCAGGUGGACACUUUGCAGCGUUCGAGAAACCGAAGGAGUUGUGGGAGGAUGUGGAGAGUUUUGUGCAGGCGCUGAAGGCGGGGGGGUUUGAUGGGAAAGUCGCGGACGGGCUGGCUGCUGAGGAUGGGUAGAAGCUUUUGAAACUUUGGCUUCGCAACGUAUCUAAGGUGUUGUAAUUUAAUGGGA